AUGUUACCCAUAUUCCUUUCACCUUAUCCGAACGCCAUUAAUAAGAGACCGAGAGAAUUGUGGGUCUUGAAUCCUUUUCCGGCCAUUAAUCGGCAGCUGACUACAGAGCCGCGGAUCACCCGUCCUCUGCUUAUAUUACUUUAUACGAAUAAGUAUAUCUAUCUAUCUAUCUAUCUAUCUAUCUAUCUAUCUAUCUAUCUAUCUAUCUAUCUAUCUCAUUGUCUUUAUAUUCUGUUCAUAGCUAUCUAUCUUAUUCUGUUCAUAUCUAUCUAUCUAUCUAUCUAUCUAUCUAUCUAUCUAUCUAUCUAUCUAUCUAUGUCAAUCAGUUCAUAUCUAUCUAUCUAUCUAAAUUUAUUCUUAAUCCAAGCAUCUCUUGUUAUGUUCUUUGAGAAUAAUGUACGUUUGUCAUCCAGGUUUUGCCGCCCCGUCCUUUGUAUUAAGCUGUUGCAAUUGCACGGAGAUAAAGUCUAUCUAUCUAUCUAUCUAUCUAUCUAUCUAUCUAUCUAUCUAUCUAUCUAUCUAUGUCAAUCAGUUCAUAUCUAUCUAUCUAUCUAUCUAUCUAUCUAUUUUUUUUUUUUAUUCAAUCAUUCUUCCUCAUGCGCGUUAGAAAAACGUGAGCCCAAAAUCUAUCUAUCUAUCUAUCUAUCUAUCUAUCUAUCUAUCUAUCUAUCUAUCUAUCUAUCGUUGUCUGUUCAUAUCUAUCUAUCUAUCUAUCUAUCUAUCUAUCUAUCUAUCUAUCUAUCUAUCUAA